GCUACCCAUGAUUUUCAAAUUAAAUGAUGUCCACUCGUAAUUUAUUUGGCAAUCUAAGAAUACCAGACGUAGACACAUGUUGUGGUUGUGUGACCGAUAUAAAAACAGCUGCCACUAUUAUUGCAGUACUGGGGAUCGUAACGUGUCCCCUGGUGUCAUGGGCUGUUGUUCGACAUGCCUACGUAAUCCGUGUGUCUUGUAUCGUCACAACCAGCUCAACGCGCGCUGACGUUAUUGAUAUAAAUCUCAAUAAUAUCCUUAGUUUUGGCUUCGGUGCUAAUGCUGGACUCGGACCAUCAUGUAUUGUUAGGAAUAAAACGGAAACUCCUGAUCCAACUAUGCUACUACGAAUGAGAUCUGAAGACGGAGAGGGACAUUCAAAAUUUGUCAGUGUUGUACGAUUUUUGGGAUGGCUAGUACUAACUGCAGAUACUUUCUUCCUAUUGUCCAGUAUCAAUUUAUUAGUAAAAAUGUUUCGGGGACUAGGACAACAAGGGGCACGAUAUUUUAUAAUUUUCGGAUUGGCUGCUGUAAUAUUAUCAUUUAUAUAUGGAUUGCUAUAUGUAUCAGCUUGUGUGUAUAUGGGUGGAUCAUUUCCCGUGUUUGAGUUCGUUUUUUCGCUUGUUGAUUUAAUAAUGUUCAGCAUGUGGCUACAUUUCUUCGCAGUAGUACAUACAUAUUCAAAACCGCCUCGAAAAUUGACCCCACUUGAUCGAAUUAGAAAACUUUUGCGGUCCCAGUACAGUAGAAACGUUCAACCUAGAAAAUUCGACGGAAACCGACGUGAUCUUGAAAGAAGACAUACCAAUAGUUCACUCAUAAUGCAGGGAGUGUGAAGUGGAGUCAU